AUGGGUGGUCGGCAGUCAUCACAGGUGUCACAUGAAGUUGCUCAAUCAGAAGUUUCCAAAUUCAGUUGUCCAUACCAAUCGGCUAAGGAUCAAUCUGCUGACUCAAAAGAAAAAAAUAUGAUUAAAUCAAUGGCUUCCGAAUGUCCAAAGUAUCAAGAUAGGGAAAAGACUGAUGGACAAGGUGGAUGUACUUCAGGAUCUGAAUUUAAUGAGUUAAAUGCUAUGCCUCCACCUAAUCAAAAACCUGCUCCUGGCCAACCGUUUCCAUUAAGUACCGAACGACAACGAUCUACGAUUCCGAAGGCUACAGAGGAUGGUUAUUGGGAAUAUCCGUCAGAACAAAUGUUUUGGAAUGCUAUGCUAAGAAAAGGAUGGCAAUGGCGAGAUGACCAGAUUAGUGCAAAAGAUAUGAACAAAAUUAUCAAAAUCCACAACGCAAAUAAUGAGGAAGUAUGGCGUGAAAUUUUGAAGUGGGAAAUGCUUCUACAUCCUGAAUGCAAUUGUCCAAAGUUGAAAAAUUUCCAUGGCAAUGCGCAAAAGAUUUCUCCACGAGCUCGAGUGAGACAGUUGUUGGGGUACGGUUUACCUUUUGAUCGGCACGACUGGACAGUAGAUCGGUGUGGGCGAAAAGAUGUUCAUUAUAUAAUCGAUUUUUAUGAUGGUGGUGCAGUUGAUCCAAAAUCGAAAUUAUUCACUAUAUUAGAUGUUCGUCCAGCACUCACGGAUGUCGGAAAUGUGUGGGAUCGGAUGGUUGUUGCUUAUUGGCGUUUCAAAUUUGAAACACUGGGCCUUACUCCAAAAUUGCCUUUGUACGAGAAAAAGCAGAACCCAUAA